UUGCUUCCUCUCCUUCAACCGCUUCAGUUAUAUGUAUAUUUUUAUUGAAAACAUGGCAAGAUUUAGUUUUUUUACUCGAUGCUUACUUUUGUCUUUUGCAGCCUGUUUGCUGGCGUCCGACUGCAAUCCAAUUAAAGUCCCACAAAGUCCCAGAGCUGCUGGAGUCUUCUUGCUUAUCGAAGGAGGAGAAUACACGUUCAACUUCACGGCUGCCAGAGCGGCCUGCCUCAUCCUGAACGUCACCAUAGCGUCCAGAGCCCAGAUGGAGCGAGCAGUCCGGCGCGGACUGGAGACGUGCAAAUUUGGCUGGAUAGCUGAGCAGAUCGCAGUCGUCCCACGACUUACAACUGACAAAAAAUGUGGAAAUGGAAAAACUGGUGUGGUGACGUGGUCCGCAAGUGCAGAUAGAAGGUUUGGUGUCUUCUGCUUCAAUGCAUCAGAUUUAAAGGAAACACCAAACAGAUCAACAGCCUGUCCACAAAGCUCCACCCUCCCCACCACACUGACCCAGACCUCAACACCUUCGCUCAGAUCAGCAACCAAGUCUCCACCUUCAAGGAAGCCAUUAACCACAAAAGCUCCUGAGCAGACAUCUUUCACUUCAGCCUUCAUUCUCCUAAUCAAGACGACACAUUCAACUCAGAUGUCCUCCACCUCCCCCACUCUAAAGCCUUCCUCCACUCAUAUUCCUACCUCUCUUUCUCAACUUAUCAAAUCCAAACCCACCGCCGUCAGUUUUGUCUUUUCUACCUCUGUUCGUGCCUCCAGUUUCUCUCCUUCCUCUGAGUCAGUGAUGCCACAGCUGACGAGCUCUGCAAGACCUCCACUGGGAAAUGUUCCCACAGCACUCAUCAUUCUUGGCGUCAUCGUUCUGCUCCUGACAGCAGCAGGCGUCGUGUGGUACUACAAACUGAAUAUUUUCACCUUUUGGUCUCAGGAGCUGCAGAAGGACGACAUAGAGACAGAGAUGUGGAAGCACUCCGACAGCGAGAUGGACCUGCACAGUCAACAUGAAGGAGAAGAAGAAGAAUCAGACAGGAAGUACUCCAGUGACAUCACUCUGUGUGUGAAUCCAGACUUCAAAACAAACUCUUCAGAGUAGAUGCACUAUAUUUCUUUCAUCAAAUGAAUU